UGCUCGCGUACUAGUCGUUCGUUUGGCGAGGCGUUGCAUAGUUGUUAGCAGAAGCUCCAUUACUUGCUUUCGCCAACUAUCGAUCUCGCGUGCGGUUACUUCAACCCUUUCUCUUUCUUUGUAAGAAAUCGACGAAUAAAUCGUGAUACAAAAUGCGUGAAUGUAUCUCAAUUCAUGUUGGACAAGCUGGAGUGCAGAUUGGCAAUGCCUGCUGGGAGCUGUAUUGCCUGGAACACGGAAUUCAGCCGGACGGCCAGAUGCCAUCCGACAAGAGCAUCGGAGGUGGAGAUGACAGCUUCAACACUUUCUUCAGCGAGACUGGUGCUGGCAAACAUGUACCCAGAGCAGUUUUUAUCGAUUUGGAACCUACUGUAGUUGAUGAGGUUCGCACUGGAACUUACCGCCAGCUCUUCCAUCCGGAACAGCUAAUCACUGGCAAGGAGGAUGCUGCGAAUAACUAUGCUCGUGGUCACUAUACAAUCGGCAAAGAGAUCGUGGAUCUCGUAUUAGACCGCAUUCGCAAGCUCGCGGACCAAUGCACUGGCCUGCAAGGUUUCCUCAUUUUCCAUUCAUUCGGCGGUGGCACUGGCUCUGGUUUCACCUCCCUUUUGAUGGAACGUCUGUCUGUGGAUUACGGAAAGAAGUCAAAGCUUGAGUUCGCCAUUUAUCCCGCACCGCAGGUCUCCACCGCUGUGGUUGAACCGUACAACUCGAUCUUGACGACGCAUACUACCCUGGAACACUCAGACUGUGCUUUCAUGGUUGACAACGAGGCCAUCUACGAUAUCUGUCGUCGCAACCUGGACAUUGAACGACCGACUUACACUAACCUGAACCGUCUGAUCGGCCAGAUCGUCUCCUCCAUCACAGCGUCCCUGCGGUUCGAUGGCGCACUGAACGUCGACCUCACCGAGUUCCAGACCAAUUUGGUGCCCUACCCGCGUAUUCAUUUCCCACUUGUCACUUACGCGCCUGUUAUCUCGGCGGAGAAAGCGUACCACGAGCAACUUUCCGUCUCGGAGAUCACCAAUGCCUGCUUCGAGCCGGCUAAUCAGAUGGUCAAGUGCGACCCACGUCAUGGCAAGUACAUGGCUUGCUGUAUGCUGUACCGCGGUGACGUCGUACCCAAGGACGUAAACGCGGCGAUCGCCACCAUCAAAACCAAGAGGACUAUCCAAUUCGUCGACUGGUGUCCCACCGGUUUCAAGGUCGGCAUCAACUAUCAGCCGCCGACCGUCGUGCCUGGCGGCGACCUCGCCAAGGUUCAACGCGCCGUCUGCAUGUUAUCCAACACCACCGCCAUCGCCGAGGCUUGGGCUCGUCUCGACCACAAGUUCGAUCUCAUGUAUGCCAAGCGCGCGUUUGUCCACUGGUACGUCGGCGAGGGUAUGGAGGAAGGUGAAUUCUCCGAGGCGCGUGAGGAUCUCGCUGCGCUCGAGAAAGAUUACGAGGAGGUCGGAAUGGAUUCCGCAGAGGGCGAAGGCGAGGAGGGCGCUGAAGAAUAUUAAAGACAGCGAUCUCUUUCUUAAAAAGACAUGGCUCCGAUGUUGAAAUAAAGUAUUAAACCCAUUUGCAACGCAA